CCCCCUUUCGCCCGACCCGAUUGUGGUCGGCCUGCGGGAAUGUCGGGGCGGCUCUUUCCUGCUCGGCUUCCGCACGGGAGGCGCGCCCGCCCAGGGGCAGUUUGUGCCUCGAGGCAGCCGCGGCGCGCGGCGCCCUUUGUCCAUGCGUCCGUGACCGAACGUCCACGCCCCGCGCGUCGCCUGGGAUGCCGCGCCGCGCGGCGGCGGCGGUGGCGGCGCGCCUCUGCGCCGGCAUCCUGGCCGCGCGGCUCUCGGGAGCGGCCGCGCUGAGCCUCGCGGGCUCGCGGGGUCGCGAGGAGGCCGCCCUGGCGUCGGAACUCCUGUCCAGGGUCGAGGCCGCCGAGCGCGCCCUUGCGGGCGAGGAGGGCCGCACCGCUCUGGGGAUCUACGGGCAGCUGCGGGCCGCCGCGGGCGCCGGGGAGCCCGCGGGCGGCCCGGAGGCGCUGCGAGGAGAGCCCGCCUGGCGGAUCACCAGGAACCACGACCUGACGAGGACGCCGCCUGAUAGGGCUGCGCCGGAGGAUCGUGGUAUCCGGUGGGCGCUGCCCACCGGGGCCCCUUACCGCAGGGAAAACAUCAAAGCCUUGGUUCCGCCAGUCUGGGAUGGGGCGAAGUACGACAGAACUAGUAGUGGCAUUUUGACGAGAGAGCUCACAAUGCUUUCCAGGUCCCAGAAAGCCACCCUGCGCGCGAUCCGCAACGGGUCGAUCAGCAAGAGAGAGGUCGAGAUUGUCGUCGCCCACUACGAUGAGGACGUCGCCUGGAUGGAGAUGUACGAGGGUUUGGCGACAUACUACUGCAAGGGAGACGAGCUCCAACUGAGAUACCCUCAGCGCCCUGCCAAUUGCCACUCGUUAAGAAAUGUCGGGCGCGAGGGACACACUUUCUUGAACCACAUCAUCACGAACUACGACGCAUUGGCAGACUGGACAGUCUUCACCCAGGGCCAGGCUCCAACGGCUGGCUACAGCGGAACCGAGGGCGACCAUGCGAACGGCCACAUGUACCCAGGGGCUACAUUUCAUGAUUACGUGUUAGGCGGAGGGCCGUUCGACGCAGAGGGCGGGGACAGCUAUGGCGGACGAUUCAUCUUCAAUGGCCAUUGGAAGCCCCCCGUGGUCGGAGCAGAAGGUUGGGAGAAGGUUCGCAUGGCGUUCGCUGGAAACUACAACCGAGAUGUGGACAGGGUGAUGGAGCGCCUGAACACGACGUGUGUGCCGCUGAAGGGCGCCGAGUUUGACCUGUACUGGGGCAGCUCGGAGGUGAUGCUGGCCCUGCUGGCCUUCGUCGACUUCCUGGGCGAGGGCCGCGAGACGAAGCUCUACUCCCAGGGCGCGCGCUUCGCGCUGUCCCGCGAGAGGAUUCGGCAGCGCCCGGUCGAAUUCUACAAGACAUUGUUGUCGUUGGUGAACCGUGCGGUGUUCCCCAUCUCCAGCGCGUUCCUCGAGUUCAUGUGGUACUACAUCCCCGGAAGGCCCAACAAGGGCAUGCCCUGCAGGUUGGAACCGCCGGCGGCGUGCCCAGAGGGUUUCGAGCAGGUGGGCAUGUACCACGACAAUACGGUCGCCGAGCGGAUCAAUACCAGAGUGUCCAACACCAUUGAGGAGUGCGGACGGCAGUGCGGGGAUAAGUGGUCUUUUUGCGGCGAGUUUGAGUACAAUUUUGCUCUCAGAGUGUGUGCCCAGCUGCCUCCGAACGCGACCAACGCCAGAACGCAGAUUGGCUUCUGGCCAGGGGCUGUGACGUGCAGGAAAGUAGCCAGCCAUGCCAGAUGAGCCCUGUGCCGCGAA